AAUGUGUUUAUUACGUAAGAAAAGAUCAAAUACAAUCAGAUAAAUAUGAACUUUAAUUCAUGAAAAAUUUUUAUGAAGAGUGAUAAUUUUCUAAAAAAUGUUUUUAUUUGUUCACAAAUAACGAACCCGAAACCGUUUACUUUUACUUAGGCAGUUUAAGGUUAUGUCUGUGUCGUCAAUAUUUAAUAGAAAAGGCUUAGCAAAAAUUUUGCCCUCAAUAAUGCCUAGUAGUUAUAUAGAAGCCAUAGAGACUUUAAAUACAUUACAGAGCAAUGCCAAUUAUAUCAAAAAUGCAAAAAUUAAAAACAUGGCACAAACAAAUAUGAUGGAAAUGCAAAAGUUUUUGAAUAAAACGGGGGUGUCUCUAUCCCAACUGGAUACUUUGCAAGUAAUUCAUGUUUCUGGAACAAAAGGCAAAGGAACCACCUGUUCAUAUUGCGAAAGUAUUUUGAGAAGUCACGGCUACAAGACGGGGUUUUAUUCAUCUCCGCACUUACUGGAAGUGAGAGAGCGUAUAAGGCUUAAUGGGUUGCCCAUAUCUCAGGCCAUGUUUGCAGACUAUUUCUGGAGAAUAUAUAAUGACCUAAAUUCACAAAAAAGUAAUUCAUUUGAUAUGCCCUUAUAUUUUCGCUUUCUAACAAUAAUGGCAUUUCAUAUAUUUCUUAAUGAAAAUGUUGAUGUGGUAAUACUGGAGGUGGGUAUUGGUGGUGAAUACGACUGCACAAACAUAGUAAGAAAAACUCUUGUUGCUGGAAUAACACCUUUAGGUUUUGAUCAUACUUCUUUGUUAGGCAAUACAUUAGAAUCAAUAGCUUGGAAUAAGGCUGGAAUAAUGAAACCAGAUGCACAAAUUUUUACUACAAAUCAACCUGAGAAUGCAAUGAAAGUUUUGAAAGAAAGAAGUAUAGAGAGGAAGUGCACUUUAAAUAUAGCAGAAAACUUAUAUACAGAUGUUCAUGGUUCAAAUACUCCUUUAUAUGUACAAACAACCAAUGCAAAUUUGGCAUUGGCUAUAUCUAAAGCUUUUGUUGAUUUGCGUCCCAAAACUGACAAUAAUAAUAUAAUUGGAAAGUUUGAUUUAGAUCUGGCUAAAAAAGCAAUAGAUAUGACCAAGUGGCCUGGAAGAUAUGAAAUAAUUCCAAGGAAUAAUUCGGUGUUUUACCUUGAUGGAGCGCAUACUUCGGAGAGUAUCCUUAUUUGUGUGGACUGGUUUUUAUCUAAAUCGAUAUUAAAUAAGGAAAGAAUAUUGAUAUUUAAUAUUAUUGGAGAUAGAGAUCCAGAAAAUCUACUAGAAGUGUUGGUUAAAUGCCAUUUUAGUAUGGCAAUAUUCAUACCCAAUAUUGGACAUGAUAGCGACAAUGCAGAUUCGCUGGACAACAUUCAACCGCUAAACAAUCAACUGAAUCGUUGCAAAGCUAAUAAAGAAAUAUGGGAUAUUCUAUAUCCAAAUGGUACCUCACAGGUGCUUCCUUCAUUUGCAAAGGCAGUACACUUUUUGGAAAAUAACAAAAAUAAGGAAUAUGACGUUUUAGUUACUGGAUCAAUACAUCUUAUUGGAUCAGCAAUGUCAGUUUUAGACAAGACAUUGAAUGGAACUCUCUAAACAAGUUAAUUCUUUUAAACCUAGCUACUAUGUGUGUUAUAGUUCAGUACAAGGUGUACUGUGGUGAUACUGUUGAUACUUAUAUUCGGUAUAAUGUAAGUAAAAUAAUAAAUGUAAGUAAAAGA